AAUUGCAGUGCACACAGCUGUUAAUGUCAUCAUCAGUAAAUUAGAAAAUGUCAAAACUCAAAAAGUGGAAGUCAAAAAACAAGUUUCUGAUGAUGAACUUCAGAUAGAAAAUUAAUUAAAUAUGAGUUGUGGUUAGUGUGUAAGCUUUGUCUUAAUCUGUAAUUAUGUGAUGCUGCAACAUGCCUAAAAUUAUCGAGCUGACGGUCGAACUUGAAGUACAAAAGGUCUCCUGUCCAGGAGUGUGGCUCUGCCAAGAUGGCCGCGUGUCGCUCACGGUGUACGCCCUGGGAACAAGCUACCAGACCUGCAUGUUGCCUCCAGUCUUUCCACUCAUGUUCAAAGAUGUGUUCUACUUUAGAAAACGGUUCCAGGAAUCCUGUACGCUCAAUAAUAUUUGCUGUAUUCUAAAAGACGAAACAAUAUACUGUGAGCUAGUACAAUGGAGUAACGACUGUCGCUCUGGCGAGUGCACAAUCCUGGCGCAGUAUCUGGGCGCCAUUAAUGACGUCCUGUUCCCGCCAAAUAUGUGCUCCAAUGAUGGAGUUGACCUUCUCAUGAGGAGAUCUAAAGAGUUUCCUGGAAUCCUAUCACCAAAGAUAGAAAUAGCCACUAAAGUGCGAAUCGAUGAGGUUUGGGACCAGCCAUGCAAUAUGAAGACCGUCAAAGUGACGUCAUGCCAUUGUACAGAUUCUGACGGCUCCCGCCAGAGACAAGUCUGCCAUUCAGCGCAGUAUCACAGAAACAAAUGUAACAAGGCAAGACAAGGCGACGGGAACAAAAGACCGCCGUCCGUAGCGCGGUCUCGCUCGCGCUCCCGAUCUGGUGGUUCGCGGUCUUGCUGUAGCCUCCAAGAGCCAGAGACCAAUGUCGUCUGCGAGUGUCGCACGAAUGGGGACAAGCGGGCCACGAAGUCCCCGUCUCGGUCCCGCUUGGGAGCCACGCGUUCCCACGACCUCUAUCGGGAGUCGGAGACGGACGUCGAAUGCAAGUGUCACCCCCGAUCAAGUACAGACUCCGAGCAUGUCCGAAAGCAAGUGUUCCCAGACGAAGACAGAAUACAGAAGAUGAUUCUCGAAAGCAGAUACAUCGACCACGCCCCGAUCUUCGAGGCGAAGCCGAAGGAACGCGAGAAACACAAGCACUUCAGGUCAAAAGUCACCCCGUGCGUCUGCGAGAUAUGCAGGAGAUACCACGAGUUGUUCCACACAGGUAACGUCAAAAGUUGAUUGUUGUUACCAAUAGAUGGCGCUUUAUAGGUAAAGUAGCGGCAAAAUGCGAAAUUUUCACGCCCCAGAGAAUGUAAUUUUUGUAAUCAAAUCUUCCAGGGUCCAUAUUUUAUACUCGACAACCCACCUUCUUUUAAGUUACUUUUAUUUACAAGAAUUUAUCAAUAUACAUGUUUAUACCGCGAAUUAAACAAUAGAAAUAGACUUGAGA